AUGAUUAUCAAAGAGUUCCGCAUUUUGAUGCCGCUCGAGAUGGAUGAAUAUUAUCGUGGGCAGUUAUUUGCAGUAUCAGAGACGAGCAAAAAUGAGACUGGAGGAGGAGAUGGUGUUCUGGUAUUGGAAAAUGACGGUUUUACAAGUACGACGGUGCGUCCGGGUCAUUCUAUCACCGGUAUUUACACACACAAAAUCUAUCGUACUAAGUCAAAAUCGCCAUGGGCGUUCCGUAAAAUAUUUCCUGACGCAGCAUUCGUGUUACACGAAGAAUGCUGGAAUGCAUUCCCAUAUUGUAAAACAGUUAUUAAGAAUCCCGAUUAUAUGAAGGAUGGUUUCUACAUUAAUAUUGAAUCGAUGCAUCUUCCGGAUAAAGGCCAUACCGAAAACGCAUUGGAUUUGAGCCCGGCAUUAUUAAAGAAGCGCGAGGUAAUCAUCAUUGAUAUCUACGAUGAUAGCCUGUUGAAAAAAUCGGAUAUUACACCUGAAACAGAUGUACGUGAAUUUGAGUCUAAAAAGACUGGCCGUGGAAGAUUGCCGAAGGACUGGAUUGAGACAACCAAACCGGUGAUGUGUUGUUACAAAGUAGUACAAGUACAUUUUAAAAUGUUUGGAUUCCAAACAAUGGUAGAGCACGUUCUCCAGAGACAGUAUCCGCGAAUAUUUGCAAAAUUCAAUCGGGAGUUAUACUGCUGGACCGAUCGAUGGUACGAUAUGACGAUUGAGGAUAUCAAAAAGAUGGAGAGAGAAGCGACAGAGCAAUUAAAAAAACAAAUUGCCGAACCGGAAAAACGUGGCACCGUGUGUGAUGUUGAUGAUAAAGGGACAAUUUAA